AUUGUGAUUGUUUUUCUUUUUAAUAAAAACAAAUAAUAUUUUGUCAACACACGUUUCAUUUAGAUAAAAAUUCAUAUUUUUUUACAAGAAAUGACUGCUAAUAGUUCGGAGAAGAAAGUAAAGCAUUCAAAUUUAAUAUGUUUACCGGGGCAACGCCUUUGUUUGUCCGAUGAAAACACAAUAGCUGGCCAGGGUACAUAUGAACGCAUGGGGUACAUUUAUGCUACACUUGCUGGAACGGUUGAUAUACGGGAACAAAAUAAUUAGUGUAAAUUUAUAGAGGUUCAAUGUGCUGGAAGUCAAACAAUAGUACCAGUUGCUGGAGAUGUUGUAACUGCACGUGUUCUGCAAGUAAAUCAACGAUUUGCUAAAUGUUCUAUACUGAGUAUCGGUGAACAUGUAUUGGAACAAAACUAUCGCGCUAUGCUACGUAAAGAGGAUGUGCGAUCUACCGAAAAAGAUCGUAUAGAAAUGUAUAAAUCAUUUCGUCCUGGAGAUAUUAUAUUGGCCAAAGUAUUACCCCAAACCGAAUUGUCUUGUUACCAAUUGAGUACGGCGGAAAAUGAAUUGGGCGUAGUGGUAGCUAUAGCCAGUGAAUGUGGUCCACAAAGUGCUCCUAUGGUACCAGUAAGUUGGACAGAAAUGCAGUGCCCUAAUACCUUAGUUAAAGAACCUCGAAAAGUUGCAAAAAUUGUUCCAGCUAGUGCUCUGAAAACUGAAAAAUCAUGAAUAUUUUAUAAUAUUUCAUAAAUAAAAUUAUUUUUGUAAUGUAA